AAGACAUAAAAUAAUGAAUCAAGAAAAUCAACGACGACGACAGACAUAUACAGUACCCAAACGAGAUUGGAUUCAUCGGAACCCCCGCGCAUUUAUCAUCACCUUCACAACUGUAUCACUUUUAGUAUUCUUUUCUAAACCGAUAUACGAUUGUUUCCUUGCUGACCCACUGCCACCAUCGCAAAAACCACGGAAAUUUUAAAUAUAGAAUGGAAUCAGUGAAGAAAGCACAUCAGC